AUGACUUCAUAUGAUUUUGUCCACCGAACUCGAUAUUGUAAAGAAAAUCCCCAAAAAUGUAAACCAGUGGAGAAUAUUACCAACUUUUGCAAGACUUUCCAAGAUUUCUGCGAAAAUUUGGAAAAUUUUUCAUCUUUAGAAAACUUGAUGAUUCCAGAAAAGCCGUUGUUUGCAGCAUAUCUUUCGGAAUACAAAAAAGCAGCUGUACAGGAAAACGAACUGAUUCCUAAUUGUACGUUAGUCCUUGGUGAUUUAUCGACCAAAUCCUGUACGGCCGAUUAUUUUUUAAUGAACGAUAAGCUACCUAGUUCGGAAGGCACCUGUUAUGUUUUUAACAUUAGAUUUACUCGCGCCUCUUGGGACGAUCCUCUUAUAUCAACCAGAGUGGCUCCGAUGUAUUCUGCUGAAUUCUUCAUAGAUUUUUUGCCGCACGAAUACUUUUUUCCACACUUACAUGUAGAAGGAAAUUUCGCGAUACACUCACCGUUCAGUAUUGAAGAUCCUAGUAUUUACGGAAAAAAUUUGGAUCCCGGGUAUAUUUAUACGGUUCUGAUUAAACCCGUGAAAAAGCACUUAUUGGAGUCUCCUUAUUCAACAAAUUGUUUCGAUUACGUAAGUCAAUGGAAAAAGAACAACUAUCAAGGACCUCUAAGUAUGGCGAGCUGUUUAGCAAAAUGCGAUGUCAAGGAACAAAAAGAACAGAUUAAGUGUAUUUUGAGAGACAAUUUCUAUCCCCAUGAGUAUAAUUUAUGCGUGAAUGAUGAAGAGUUUAUUGACAGUUUAGAUUGUUACUCAUUUUGCAGCAGACCUUGUUAUUCUUUGGAAUUUGAAUAUGAAGUAGAAGAACGUGAGGUCAGUACUGCAUCUAUUGAAGAGGUAGAAAAGUUAAUUAAAGAUUUAAAGUAUCCCAAUUACAAUCUUUCUCAGAUUAGGAAGCGUUUCUCUCUAAUUCAGCUUUACAUUCGCAAGCCAGAAGUUCUGGUCUAUAAAUACUCGCCGAAAUUUGAGGCAAUUGAAAUAAGUAGUUACUUGGGAGGUUAUUUAGGAAUGUGGCUAGGAUUAUCGUUUUUCAAUGUAUACGAUGCUUUUGUUGCAUUUAUAAUUUCUUUAAAAAACAGAAAAAACAAAAAACAAUCAAUCAGCAAUACGAGACUGUCAAAUGCGUGGAUUGUUCAAAAAGUUUAAUUGAAUGAAAUAACUUGAAAGGCGAGUUAAUAUGCACUCUGCAGGUUUGACUAAUUUUGCUUUAUUUAUUUGCAUUCUGUAUUGUUCUGUAUUUUAUAGGUCUAGUAACGAUGAAGUCUUCGGGAGAAUUGAAAUUAAUAGAGACGAAAUAGAUAAAAGAAAAUAUUGACUUCUUUCUGGGGAGAUGUGAUCAUAGAAUUAUGUUUUUUACGCAAAAAUGUACAAAUCUGUGAAGAUAAAUAACAGAUAAAUAGAUUGAAAUUUUAUAAGAGAUUAUUUUCUGUCUUCUAAAUAAUAAUAAAUUUAGAAA